AUGCUACAGCAGAAGGAAAGAUCUCGUCGUAGAAAUCAUUCAUCUCGCGGUGCUGAUAAUAUAGAUCAGACUUUCAGUCGAGCUGGAAAUCUUGAUUUAACAUUUUCUCCCGAUAUUCAUCCGCCGUCAUAUGCCGAAUUUUAUCAGUAUCGAUCCAAUCCAACCGCAACCCUUCCGUCACCUUCCGUUUAUUUUAUCUCAGAUGAUGGCGACUCUGUUGCAAUCCAGUUGAAUGAUUUUGCUUUAGGAUCAUCGCGAGUGAAAAAUGGUGAGAAGAAGAAGAAAGGAAAAGAAAAGAAACAGAAAGCGUGUUCACCACCUGUUGACAGACCCAAUGGCUUUCAACAGCCUCAUUAUUUAUACAAUACUGAAAACCGACCACGGAAACAAAACGGAAUCUUGCAAAAUCUAGUGUCACAUCAACGAAUUUUGCAGUCUUUUGAGAACGGACAUUACGAGACUUCGUUAGAAAGUAAAGCUAACCAAGGAAUUAAUUCGCAUCGCAAAAAUAACGAUUUUGAUGAUAAAAGAACUCAAGGUGACCGCAUUAAAGAGCAAUCAUAUAAACACGAUUAUGUGUCAACAUCUGAAAACCUCUCACCAAGACUGGUAAAGGCAGAAACUGAAGACACCACCACCUUCAAACAAUUUUCACCAGAAUGUAGAAAUGAGGAUGUCGCUUCAUUUAUAGCUCAGAAUAUCGAUGACAAGACUCUCACACCAAAAGAUCAAAGCGGUUUUGAUUUUGAAAGUUGUAAAUUUGAAACUUGCACUCCUGAACUAAAUCAAAAUGGUAUUGUUCAUGAGCGAGUAUCCAUGGAUUGUGAUGUUUCUGAUGUUGCAAAGAACAUUUCAAAACAUUUGGUAGAGUUUUGUCAAGUUGAGAUUCCUAACAACAGUCAGCCUAAAGAAAUAAUACUUUUGGUCACAGAUUUGGACGCUCCUGGUGCAGCAUCUCCCUUAUCAAGGAAUGGACACCACGUUACGCGAAAAGGAGAAAAUCAUGGCGACAACAAAAGAUUUGAAGUCUUAAAGCUUUCUUCUGGUUCAACAUCACAAAUUGAAGUUACGGUGUAUCGGAAUCCUGGUCUUGGAUUCACUAUCGGUGGUGGAGCCAACAGUGGAUCUCACGAGGGUAUAUACGUGGUCUCUGUCAAUCCAGAUGGACCUUCAUCUCAUUUAUUAUGUGCAGGAGACCGUAUUUUAGAGGUGAAUGAGAUCAACUUGCGAUGCGUCUCCCAUGAACACGCUGUUCUCUUUUUGACCCACAAUCAACAGUUAGAUCUUUUAAUUGAGAGGGUUGUACAGUGAUUUAAAUAAACUAUUAAAGUAUUAAUGGCUAAAUAAUAAGUUUGUAAAUAACAUGUAAACUAGCUACUAACUAACCAUUUCAAGAAACAAUACUUCUGUCUUUGUACUAUUGGCGAGGUAUUUGAUGAAGGGUCCUUCUAAAAAAUUUUAGGGCGUAAAAGUCGUACAAACUGCAUCAUACAUGUUGAAUAAAUUCUAUUUUUGUUGUAUUUAA